AUGACUUCUUCCCUUGAGAAGCCAACCAUGGACGACUCCGCCUCUGAUACCCUCAAAAGUGCCCCGACCAAUGCGACAACCGUCGAGACUGGGGCUGAAUUAGAGAAAAUAAAUACAAGCGCAGAGGGUAGCGAGUACCCAACGGGAGUUACACUCGGAUUGAUCUCUCUGGCUCUGUGUCUUUCUGUAUUCCUCAUGGCGCUAGAUAACACCAUUAUUGCCACUGCGAUUCCUAAGAUCACUGAUGAAUUCCACUCUCUUCCUGAUGUUGGAUGGUACGGCUCGGCAUAUCUAUUGACAACCGCCUCCUUCCAAUUACUCUUUGGCAAGUUCUAUACCUUCUUCUCGAUCAAAUGGGUCUACCUGAUAGCUAUUGGAAUUUUCGAACUUGGCUCCCUCCUCUGUGGAGCUGCUCCAAAUUCAAUCGCCUUGAUCAUUGGUCGUGCCGUUGCUGGACUUGGUUCUGCCGGUAUUUUCUCUGGAGCUCUCAUCAUCGUCGCCUACAGCGUACCACUUCAGAAACGACCCAUGUAUUCUGGAUUUAUUGGUGGCAUGUAUGGAAUUGCUUCAGUGGCUGGUCCUCUCCUGGGUGGUGUAUUCACGGAUAAAGCGACUUGGAGGUGGUGUUUCUACAUCAAUCUCCCAAUCGGUGCGAUCACAAUGGUCGUCAUUGCUAUCUUUUUCAAGGCUCCUACCAGAGCAGCUGUAGCAAACGUUGGCUGGAAGGCACGCGUUAAGGAUUUCGACCUCUACGGAACCGCCGUCUUCAUCCCAGCCAUUAUUUCCCUAUUGUUGGCUCUUCAAUGGGGUGGAACGAAAUACGACUGGUCCUCAUGGAGAAUCAUCCUUCUCUUCGUCUUCUUCGGGGUUCUGAUACUCUCUUUUAUCACCAUCCAGUUCUGGAAGCAAGACACUGCAACCAUUCCUCCCAAGAUCAUGAGAAAGCGAAGCAUGUGGUCUGCAGCUUGGUUCUCUUUCUGCAUGGGCUCGUUCUUCCUGUUACUUGUUUACUUUUUGCCAAUUUGGUUCCAAGCUGUCAAGAGUGCUAGUGCUGUGAAAUCUGGCAUCAUGAACUUGCCUAUGAUCAUGUGUCUAGUUAUUGUGUCCAUUCUAAGUGGUGUAGGAGUCACUGUCGUUGGAUACUAUGCUCCGUUAAUGAUUGCGUCAAGCGUUUUGGCUGCCAUUGGUGCCGGCCUACUUUCGACCUUGACUCCAGCAUCAGACCACCAGAUGUGGAUUGGAUAUCAAGCACUUAUUGGUGUUGGAAUCGGCCUUGGAAUGCAACAACCUCUGAUCGCUGUCCAAACUGUUCUCGACAUUUCACAAGUUCCCAUUGGUACCUCAAUCAUCAUCUUCGUACAAACACUCGGUGGCGCUCUUUUCGUAUCUAUUGGACAAAACACGUUCAGCAACAAACUUUUCGAAGGUUUGGCCAAGUAUGCUCCAAGCAUCGACCCCAAGAUUGUUCUCAGCAUUGGCGCAACGAAUCUGCAAAGCAGCGUUGACAAGGCAGUCCUCCCUGGCGUCCUGCUUGCAUACAACAAUGCUUUAACGCAUGCUUUCUUGGUGGCCGCCAUUAUGGCUGCCUUCACGAUUGUUGGAGCCGCAGCCAUCGAAUGGAAGUCUGUCAAGGGCAAGAAGAUUGAGAUGGGUGCUGCGUAAGGCAUUGUUUUUGAAUUACAGCAUAGUUGGAUUCGGAAAGCGAAUUGCAUAUACCCUGGCGUUAUUGGCAUUGGGAGGAUAUCUAGUAUAACUUUGUAAUUUUCUUUGUCUGUCUUAGACCGGGACACGGGAUACACCCUCUUCUCUUUGUAUAAUAUUGGCCAUGUGAGAUGGCUUUGCAUGGCUGUGGAUGUCUUGACAGAACUCCACUGCCCGAAUGAGCGUGAUAGACUAGAAAAACCUAAUCACUCAGCCUUGCUUCUGCAUCUCAUCUGGACCCAAGCGUCAGAUAUGUGAUAUAUCCUUUAAGUUGGAAUGGUCAGAACUUUUAACAUUCUCGAGAGAUCCGUUGCCCGAUGAUGUUAGAGAACCAAAGACGUUGCUUUGGCCGAUCCAGC